AUGUUCGCAGUAAAAGGAUGGUCGGUCGACUCCAAGGCGCUCAAGACACAGCAAGCCGCCCAGCCCGCCGCCAAAAAGCCUGAAGAUGGCACGAAUGGACCCUCGGCACAGAACAAGAAGAGAAAGAGAGGAGGCAAGGACAGAACUCCCAGAGAUGUCAACGACUCGAACGUAGGCGACCUGUGGGCCACAACCAUCGAGGGCAAGAAGGCUCCCAAGAAAGCCAAGAUUGAGAAGAAAGACAAGACCGACGCUGGAGACGAGUCUGCUGCUCCUGGCGCAGACGACGAGAAGGCCGUAGUCGAAGGAGAGAAGAAGGAGAAGCCCGUCGCAGAAGAGAAGGAGAAGACAUCAGACAGCAAGAAGGCAAAGAACAAGAAGCGCCAAAAGCAGAGAGAAGAGAAGGAAAAGGAAGCCGCUGCAGCAGACGCCGGCAAGGUCGUCGCCAACGCGCCCGCCGCUCCCCCCUCGCUGCCCGUCAACGCCAAACUCACCCCCAUGCAAAUUGCCAUGCGCCAGAAGCUCAUCUCUGCCCGGUUCCGCCAUUUGAACGAAACCCUGUACACUGCUCCCUCGGCCACCUCGCUCGCUCUGUUCGCAGACAACCCCGAAAUGUUCGACGACUACCACUCUGGUUUCCGUCAGCAGGUCACAACAUGGCCCGAGAACCCCGUCGACAUCUUCAUCCGCUCAAUCCGCGACCGCGCAAAGGUCAAGGUCUACAACCAGAACAAGGCCUUCCGUGACGUCAAGAGAGGAAAGGCCCCCAAAGAAGAGGAAGAGCCAGCAACUGGUGAGAAGGCAAACCCGCUGCCACGCACACACGGCACUUGUAACAUUGCAGACUUGGGCUGUGGAGACGCAAGACUCGCUGCCACAUUCCACGAAGACGGCAGCGGCACCCGCUACAACCUCAAGAUCGCCUCAUACGAUCUGCAAUCACCGAGCAAAUUUGUCACAAAAGCCGAUAUUGCAAAUCUGCCCUGCGCAGAUGGAAGCAUGGACGUAGCCAUUUUCUGCUUGGCUCUUAUGGGAACGAAUUGGAUCGAUUUCAUCGAAGAGGCAUACAGAAUCCUGCAUUGGAAGGGUGAACUCUGGAUCUCAGAGAUCAAGUCGAGAUUUGGAAGGGUGGGAGGUGACAAGGGCAAGGGUGGUCAGAAGGUCGUCGAGCACAGUGUAGGUAACCGCCGUAAAGCUGCUGCAAAGGCAAAGGCUGCGGAUGCCACACGUGCCAAACUCACUGCCGAAGAGGAAGAAGCUGCUCUACGCGAGCACGUCGAUGAGGUGGUUACGAAGUCGAACGAGGAGACCGAUGUCUCUGGCUUUGUAGAGGUUCUGCGACGAAGGGGGUUUGUGCUCAAGGACGAAAAGUCUGUGGAUCUGAGCAACAAGAUGUUUGUCAAGAUGGAAUUUAUCAAGGCCGCGGCGCCUGUGGUGGGAAAGAAUGUGCAAGAGGCGGGCGAGGAGAGGAAGGGCGAGAAUGGAACAUGGAAACCUAAGUUCAAGAAGUUUGUCGAGGAAGAGACCAAGGAGGUCAGUGUUGAGGAUGAGACGAAGACCCUCAAGCCGUGCUUGUACAAGAUCAGGUAG